AUGGCCACGACCAUGUUCAGGUUCGAAUACCAACUCGCCCAAUACCUCCAACUCAUCGAACUCGUCAGUCGAUGCGUCUGUUUCUUUCUCGCCCUCGUUACCUUGAUCCUAGCCAUCAUCAUGUCGAUCUACGCUGUCAAGUAUGAUCUUGAGGGAGAUCCCGAAGCAAGUGGUAGCAUGUUUCCUCCGCUCUUCACUUUCAUCUUCGUCUGCGUCUCUCUACUACUCAACUCCGAGCAAAUCAUGUCGCGCGCCGCCUGCUACAGUACCUCUCGCCUCAAGAGGCUGCAUCCUGUCUUCGUCGUAGCCAUUGACCUCAUGUGCGCGCUGGGCCUGCUCUUCUCCGCCUACAUUGUCAUUCCGCCUGUUGAUUUCAUGCGUUUUCCGCUGAUCGGUGCUACAAUUUGGGUCUCUACGGCUCUUGCAGCUACGCAUUUGUUCGCGUCGGUCUUUGCUUGCAUCGAAUGCGACAAGAAGAGGUUGGCCUACAGAGAGCAGAGACGACAAGAGUUCCUCAGGGUAGGUAGAUUGAGGGCAUUGAGGUCGGCCCGUAUGCGAACCGAUCUGCAAAACGAGCUCGCGGCCCGUAUACAACACGAGCUCCAGGUGCAGGACGAUCUUUCACACUGA